CACCGCCAAUGAAUAAUAACUGGUGCACUCUUGCCAUCUGCAAGCUCCUUGGGACCCGUGCACCGUCAAGCUACCUGUGAAUGCUGGCUGUACCUAGCUAGCUUUUCAUGUGUCUAGCUUGCUAAUCUUGGCUCCCUGCUCUCGCAGUCCCCUUCGCCUGCCGCCUCGGCUACCCUGCGGGGUCUUCUUCUCCCACCUCCGCUCAGACAUUGAACCUGGUGUUGAAGUAAAUCGCGUACACAGCCAGAGCUCGCUUCGAAUCUUGGCUUCAAAUGACGGGGAGUCUAACGUCGGCGCUGGCCGAGUUGAGUCUAAACUCGCAGAGCCUUAGCGGACCGGCCUUUGACGCACGGCUCGCCGAAGAGGAGGCUGGUGUCUACAGGAAUUGCAAACCUCGACAAAGAGCUCAGCAGAAUGCCGCUGACCUUAAAGAGGAGCUGGAACGAGACUUUCUAACUCCUUCUUCCAAGUUUAGCCCUGAAUGGCUGAACCGUCUACAAAGGAAGUGGGACGUCUCAACGGAUUACACCGACCUAUUUGAAGUCGCAGGUACUCAAACACGUACUAUCGUCCGUUUCGAUCGUGAUGGCCUUGAAGGGCGUGUUACUGGUUACCAUGAAGUAACCGUGCCGGCCAUCAGUGCAAAUGCCAAAAAUUCGACGUCUCUCCUCCGCCGGCCAGCUGGUCGUGCAGAUUUUGUGAGGGGCGCGGCAGGAUUCUUUCCAUUCGCUCCAGGUGGACUGGAUGGUGUCGAAGCGAUUGCUGAGAUGGAAUCCGAGGCCCAGACGACAGAGCACUCUAGAACUGGCAAACAAUCGGGUCUCGAUCGGAUUAUCAACUUUGGUGCUGAAGGAGGCCUCUUGGAGAUUGCCCCUGGAUUUUCUCGUGGCUUGAAGUUCGAGGAAGCAAAGACCAAAGAGGUUGCAGAUGGAGACAAGGAGGUCGAGGACGCCUUACAACAGGAAGAGACCGAGCUACAUGUCGAGCAAGAUGAGACAGCCUCGGAUGCUGGAGGCGUCAAGAUCGAGGACGAAGCUGAGCUCAGCGAUGAGGAAGACAUUGACUCUUUGCUGCCUGUAGAAUUUCCAGCACUGGAACCCCACGCGCCGCUACUCGCAGGCGUCCAGCAAAGGAAAACCGGUAGGGAAUGGGCUCAUGUCGUUGAUGUCAACAAGGAAAUCACGAAUUUCCGUGACCUCGUCCCCGACAUGGCUCGGGAGUGGCCGUUCGAACUGGACACCUUCCAAAAAGAGGCUGUCUAUCAUCUCGAAUGCGGUGACUCUGUGUUCGUUGCUGCCCAUACGUCGGCUGGCAAAACUGUUGUCGCCGAAUAUGCCAUCUCUCUAGCCGCCAAACACAUGACCAAAGCUAUCUACACAUCUCCCAUCAAGGCUUUAAGCAAUCAAAAGUUCAGAGACUUUAGAACUGAGUUUGAUGAUGUUGGUAUCUUGACAGGCGAUGUUCAGAUCAAUCCGGAAGCAAGCUGCCUCAUCAUGACCACCGAGAUCUUACGAAGCAUGCUUUACAGAGGAGCUGACCUGAUCCGAGAUGUGGAGUUUGUGAUCUUCGAUGAAGUCCAUUAUGUUAACGACCUUGAAAGAGGCGUUGUUUGGGAAGAAGUCAUUAUCAUGCUUCCCGAACAUGUCACUUUGAUCCUCCUCUCCGCCACCGUUCCCAACACCUAUGAAUUUGCUUCUUGGGUUGGGCGCACAAAGAAGAAGGACAUCUACGUCAUCUCAACUGCCAAGAGACCCGUUCCGCUCGAACAUUAUCUCUGGGCCGGUAAAGGGAAGUACAAGGUUGUCGAUUCAAACAAACGGUUCCUCGAGAACGGUUGGAAAGAGGCCGACGAGAUCAUUUCUGGCAGAGACAAAGUAAAAGCUCAGAAGGCAGCCGAGGCCCAAGCCCAAUCGCAAGCGAGCAGAGGAGCUCCGCAGGGCCGAGGGCGUGGACAAGCUGGUGGACGAGGUGCCCCUCGUGGCGGCAACUCGCAACGGGGAGGAGCUCCUCGUGGCCGAGGCCAGCCCGCAAAUCGAGGCACCGGAAACAUUGCCCGUACAGGAAGAGGAGGCGGGCGGACUACAGCUGCGCAGGAUAAGACUGUCUGGGUGCAACUUGUCCAGCAUCUUCGCAAGGAGAAUCUGCUGCCCGGCUGUAUCUUUGUUUUCUCCAAGAAGAGAUGCGAGCAGAAUGCUGACUCACUGUCGAACCAAGACUUCUCCACUGCUUCAGAGAAGAGUCUGAUUCACAUGUUCAUUGAGAAAUCCCUUACAAGACUUAAGCCAGAGGAUCGGACCCUCCCACAGAUCCUUCGUCUUCGCGAAUUGUUGAGUAGAGGUAUCGCGGUCCAUCAUGGCGGUCUUCUGCCGAUAAUGAAAGAAAUCGUCGAGAUUCUGUUUGCCAAAUCGCUGGUCAAAGUCCUUUUUGCCACAGAAACAUUUGCUAUGGGGCUCAACCUGCCUACCCGCACGGUAGUCUUCUCCGGAUUUCGCAAACAUGAUGGCAAAGGCUUCCGAGACCUGCUACCUGGAGAAUAUACCCAAAUGGCUGGGCGUGCUGGACGUAGAGGCCUUGACACUGUUGGCUACGUCAUUAUCGUUAAUCCGGGCAGAGAUGAAGCCCCCCCGGCUGGUGCUUUGAGGAGAAUGAUUCUCGGUGAUCCGACCAAACUUCGGUCUCAAUUCAGGCUUACAUACAACAUGAUCUUGAACCUCCUGCGCGUGGAGGCUUUGAAGAUUGAAGAGAUGAUCAAGCGAAGCUUUAGUGAGAAUGCUACCCAGGCUCUGCUCCCGGAGCAUGAAAAGCAGGUACAGCUUUCAGAGGCCAGCUUGGCUAAAAUCAAACGAGAGCCUUGUGACAUAUGUGAUAUUGAUCUUGCGGCCUGCCAUGCCGCGGCUAUCAAGUAUGAGAAGCUCACCAGUGAGCUCCACGUUGGGUUGCUUUCGUCCCCUGUCGGGAAGCGCCUAUUUGUGCCAAAACGAUUGAUCGUCUACAGAAAGGAGGGCUUCCGAACUGCCGGUGUCAUAUUCCGCGAGGGUAUUGGAGGUGGCCAGGCGCCUAGCAUACAAGUUCUCGAGAUCGGAAGGAUAGGAAACAGACGCCACCCUAGCGAUAUUCUUCCCUUCCUCCCAAGAUUCAAGCAGCUCCUUCAAUCUUUGCCAACUCGUGCUGCCGAUAUGGCGCUAAAGACUUACAAAGUCCCACUUUUAGACCUCGAAUGCGUCACUAAUACGGUGGUCAAAUUGGGGGGGCCCAUAUGGUAUCUUAACAUCAAGAAGGAGGCAAUUAAGUUUGCAGACAAGGAACUAUCGAAAUACUGUACCUCAUGGACAAGUCCGGUUUGGGAUGAAAUGGAUUGGGCCCGAAUCAAAGAGUUACAAGUCAGGGAUAUACUCGAGAAGCGGCAGGCGCAGGCCUCUAUUGCCCAAUCCUGCAAAUGCCUGCAGUGCCCCAGCUUCUUGAAACACUUUGAAAUGCAACACGAUGAAUGGCAGGUCAAGGAGAACAUUUCUCAAUUGAAACAGCUAAUGUCCGACCAAAACCUCGCACUGCUGCCGGAUUAUGAGCAGCGUAUCCAGGUGCUGAAAGACCUGGGCUUCGUGGAUGAGCAGUCUCGCGUGCAGCUGAAAGGAAAGGUGGCAUGUGAGAUUCACUCGGCCGACGAGCUUGUUUUGACCGAGCUGAUUCUCGAGAACGUUCUGGCCGAAUAUGAGCCCGAAGAGAUUGUUGCAUUACUGUCUGCAUUUGUCUUCCAGGAGAAGACGGAAAACGUUCCCACCUUGACUCCUCGCCUCGAGAAGGGUAAGGAAGCCAUUGUGAGGAUAUCCGACCGGGUGAACGACUUCCAAAUUCAACACCAGGUGAUCCAAACAAGUGAGGACAGCAACGACUUCGCCAGCCAGCCACGGUUUGGUCUGGCCGAGGUUGUCUACGAAUGGGCGAAGGGAAUGUCAUUCAACCGCAUCACGGACCUCACCGAUGUGAUGGAAGGCACCAUUGUACGGACGAUCACUCGCUUAGAUGAGACCUGUCGCGAAGUGAAAAAUGCGGCCAAAUUAGUGGGCGACCCGACCUUGUAUACGAAGAUGCAACAGGCACAGGAGCUGAUCAAGAGGGAUGUGAUAUUUGCCGCGUCGUUGUACAUGUGAAGAGGGUAUAGAAGGUAGGGCAACUGGCCAGUGCUGGAUAAGUGGUGGUUCUGGGGAGAGCGGAAAGGACGAUCCCACGUGGGGAAUGAUUUUUUUUUCUUUUUAUCCUUUUAUUUUUGUUACUGUACCUUCUCUCUGUGCCUGAAACGGAUGGAUGGAGCACGCAUGUUAAGUAACUGACCCGCCUAUACUGGUUUCCAUCAAUAGACCAUCU